CCUCCUCCUCUUUUCGUCCAUUGUUGGGCAAUAGGCUGAUUCACCCGAAACGCCGACCGAAACUUUUCAGCUUACCAAGUGCCGUGGGAUCAUUUUAAUCCGCUCUCGCAUCAACUUUUUUCGACAUAUUUGCCAGAGGAAGCACUACGACAUCUGUGGCGGACGGUGAAGAGCGCAACUAUCCAGAAUAAAAACCAGACACCAUGACAAACAUCAACACAGCUAACAUCAACUUUAAAUGGGACCCAAAGAGUCUUGAGAUCCGUACUCUGGCAGUGGAGCGGCUACUGGAGCCCCUGGUCACCCAGGUCACCACUUUGGUGAACUCCAGCAACAAAGGCCCAUCUAACAAGAAAAAGGGACGCUCCAAGAAAGCACACAUCUUGGCUGCAUCAGUUGAGAGUGCUACCCAGAACUUCCUGGAUAAAGGAGAGAAGAUUGCAAAGGAAAGUCAGUUCCUUAAGGAUGAGCUGACGGCUGCUGUGGAAGAUGUCCGCAAGCAAGGUGACUCGAUGCGGCAGGCCUCUGGAGAAUUUGCAGAAGACCCCUGCUCUUCUGUGAAGAGGGGCAAUAUGGUUCGUGCUGCCAGAGCCCUCCUCUCGGCAGUCACACACCUGUUGGUGCUGGCAGACAUGUCUGAUGUCUACAAACUUCUAGUGCAGCUGAAACUGGUGGAGGACAAUCUGGUGAAAGUGCGUAAUGCAGGAACGGAGCAGGAACUUGGAAUCCAGUAUAAGGCCUUGAAACCAGAGGUGGACAAGCUGAACAUGAUGGCUGCCAAGAGACAGCAGGAGCUAAAGGACGUCCACCACAAGGACCAAAUGGCUGCUGCCCGUGGGGUUCUCCAGAGGAACAUCCCCAUGCUGUACACAGCAUCCCGUGCCUGCCUGCAGCAUCCUGACGUGGCGGCCUACAAGGCCAACCGUGACCUUAUCUACAAGCAGCUGCAGCAUGCAGUCUCCGGUAUCUCCAACGCUGCCCAGGCCACUUCCACUGAAGACUCAGCACUCAAUCAGCCAGGAGGGGGUGGAGAACUUGCAUAUGCUCUCAACAACUUUGAUAAACAAAUCAUCGUGGACCCCCUGGCGUUUAGUGAGGAGCGUUUCCGUCCUUCCCUGGAGGAGCGUCUUGAGAGCAUUAUCAGUGGGGCUGCCCUCAUGGCAGAUUCUUCAUGCACACGUGAUGACCGCAGGGAACGCAUCGUGGCCGAAUGCAAUUCUGUGCGCCAGGCUCUCCAGGACCUUCUGUCUGAGUAUAUGGGCAAUGCGGGAAGGAAGGACAGGAGCGAUGCUUUGAACACGGCUAUCGACAGGAUGACAAAGAAGACAAGAGACCUGCGCAGACAGCUGCGUAAAGCUGUCAUGGACCAUGUCUCUGACUCCUUCCUGGAAACCAAUGUUCCCCUCCUGGUCCUGAUUGAAGCUGCCAAGAAUGGCAACGAGAAAGAAGUGAAGGAAUAUGCACAGGUGUUCCGUGAGCAUGCCAACAAGUUGAUCGAGGUGGCCAACCUGGCGUGCUCCAUUUCCAACAAUGAGGAGGGAGUAAAGCUGGUCCGCAUGGCAGCAUCUCAACUGGAAAGCCUCUGCCCCCAGGUGAUUAAUGCGGCGUUGGCCCUUGCUGCCAAACCCAACAGUAAGGUGGCCCAGGACAAUAUGGAUUUGUUCAAGGAUCAGUGGGAGAAGCAGGUCCGCGUCCUCACCGACGCUGUUGAUGACAUCACAUCAAUUGAUGACUUCCUUUGUGUGUCUGAGAACCACAUCCUUGAGGAUGUGAACAAGUGUGUCAUCGCUCUGCAAGAAAAGGAUGUCGAUGGUUUGGAUCGCACCGCUGGGGCUAUUCGUGGUCGCGCUGCCAGAGUUGUUCAUGUGGUCACUUCUGAAAUGGACAAUUACGAACCUGGAGUCUACACAGAGAAGGUCUUGGAGGCCACUAAGCUCCUCACUAACACAGUCAUGCCACGGUUCACAGAGCAAGUGGAGUCUGCCGUGGAGGCCUUGAGCUCAAACCCCUCGCAACCUGUGGAUGAAAAUGAGUUCAUUGAUGCAUCCCGUCUGGUGUACGAUGGCAUUCGUGACAUUCGCAAGGCUGUCCUUAUGAUCAGAACUCCAGAGGAAUUGGACGACUCUGACUUUGAGACCGAAGACUUUGAUGUUCGCAGCAGGACCAGCGUGCAGACCGAGGACGACCAGCUUAUUGCCGGUCAAAGUGCACGUGCUAUCAUGGCCCAGUUGCCCCAGGAGCAGAAGGCGAAGAUUGCAGAACAGGUGGCCAGCUUCCAGGAGGAGAAGAGCAAGCUGGAUGCGGAGGUCUCCAAGUGGGAUGACAGCGGCAAUGACAUCAUCGUGUUGGCCAAACAGAUGUGCAUGAUCAUGAUGGAGAUGACGGACUUCACCAGGGGCAAAGGGCCGCUGAAGAAUACGUCUGAUGUCAUCAGCGCAGCCAAGAAAAUUGCAGAGGCAGGAUCAAGAAUGGACAAGCUGGGCCGCACCAUCGCUGACAAUUGCCCCGACUCUUCCUGUAAGCAGGACCUGCUCGCCUACCUGCAGCGUAUCGCCUUGUAUUGCCACCAGCUCAACAUCUGCAGCAAAGUCAAGGCUGAGGUCCAGAACCUGGGGGGAGAGCUGGUCGUCUCUGGGUUGGACAGCGCCAUGUCCCUCAUCCAGGCCGCAAAGAACCUGAUGAACACGGUGGUGUCCACCGUCAAGGCUUCGUACGUCGCGUCCACUAAAUACCAAAAGAGCAAAGGCAUGGAGUCCCUGAACAUGCCCGCCAUCUCCUGGAGGAUGAAAGCUCCCGAGAAGAAGCCUCUGGUGAAGAGAGAGAAGCAGGACGAUGGUCAGACCAACAGAGUCAAGAGGUCCUCUCACAAGAAGCACAUCAACCCCGUGCAGGCUCUGAGCGAAUUCAAAGCCAUGGAUAGCAUCUAGACGCACAACUUCUGAUUCAGCACCACACAAGAUUCUGACCAAUAAGUUUCUAAGUAGAUUGAGCUUGUUGUUCUGUCAAAGAGAAAAGAUUUAAAUAUAUUUCUUCUUUCUUCCUAUAGACAGCUUGUCUGUUUGACCCAUUAUAUUCCUACACUGAGUCACGUCCGUUCCAUUAGUUGGAUGUGCUCUAGUCUGUAGCUUGAUUGCGUCUUUUCUGGAAGAUGCAGUUAGAGGGAAAUCAACUGGAUAAAGGCAUUUUAAAUAUAUAUAUAAAUAUAUUUCCCGUUUCUUCUUCAUGUCCAUGGGAGGAAAUAGAAGAGGUUUAAUAGAUAUAGAAGCUAAUUCCAUGAGGCUUUUGAGUAUUUUGUAUUCUAACCAGUUUUACAGUAAAACUAUAGGGUCUUUGGUGUUUUCCACUAUUUUUUUCGAUUAUGGCAAAAUACCUUCUGUACUGCAAACUAUGCAAAAUUUCACCUGCCUUAUUUUACCUUAAGCAAUAACUUUAGUGAAUUUAAAUGUGCUGGGUUAACUGGUAAGACUUAAACACGGUUUGGUUUGGAACCAAAGUCCAGAUAUUUCCAUGUGCGCCUUCAUUUUUAUAACUUUAUACAUAUUUUGCUACGACACUAUAAACGGAUCAAACAAGUUCAAACUGACUUCAAAGGUGAUUUUCAGUGCUGUAUGGAUAAUUUGUACCACUUUAAUUCUUUAUAACUUAACCAUCUCAAAUGAUAUCUUUUGUUUUUAUGUUCUCAAAACCAAAAGUCACAGAUUUGUCGUCUCAGUUUUGUCUCGCUGCAUAAUUUAAGGCACACUCAUUCACCCGGUUCAGUCAAACUCCUCGGUGUCUGGAAGGACCCAGAAGAGAGCGCGUGUCGUUGCUCUCUGAGGCCGACGAGCUUCAUUAACUGUCAAUGAGACCAAACACGUCCACAUUCAGAAUGUGUCCAAACGGAGGGAUCGAUACAUUUCCUCCUCGCGCCUCAGAGUUCAGCAAGAAACUUGAGGCGAUUCCACUUCCUUUAAAAACCUCCUUUAGUUUAGAUUAUUAAGCUUGAACAAAAAAAUAAUCAGGAUUUUAUGUCAUGCACAAUCUUGAUUAGAAAAAAAAACGACUUGUCAGAUAUGGGAGCUUUAAAACUAAAAUGAAAAUGUUUUUUUUGUUUGUUUUUAUUUACUAAAAGGAAAACCUCUGUGCUGUUUUGUUCAGCUGCGUUGUUCUAUGAGACGGCUUUGGGACCCUGCUGCUUUUGUCUAGAGGAUGAGAACUAGUUCUGUUCAUUUGACAUCUGUGAACUGUAGCAGGAUGCGUAUGUAAGGUUAUUUGACAGGUGGAUAUAUAUUUUUUUUUAACCAAUCAUUUUGAGUGUUAUUGUUUCUGCCCUCCCUGUGCAUCUAUGUGCUGUAUUGGUUGGAUUUGAAUCUCGAGUGAUAUCAAACUACUUUGCUGUGGAUUAUUAUUAUUUUUUUUUUUGUUAUUGAGAGCUGACUUAUUAGUGCACACGUUUCUUAUAUUAAUGUGCUCGCUUUAUAUCUUAAUAAACAAUUAAAGUGAA